AUGUCUUCCUGGGGGACAGAGGUUAAAGGGUUUACAACACUGAGGUUCCUAAUUGAGCCUUCGGAUGCGGUUACCAUGCGAGGAAGCAACGUGUUGCUCAACUGCACUGCAGAGUCAGAUCAAGGAUUUCCGGUCAUCAAAUGGAAAAAGGAUGGCGUCUUUUUAAACUUGGCAGUGGAUGAGCGAAGGCAGCAAUUUUCCAAUGGAUCUCUUUUAAUACAGAAUAUAGUCCAUUCCAGACACCAUAAACCUGAUGAGGGUCUUUAUCAGUGUGAAGCAUCAUUAGAAGGAAUUGGAGCCAUAAUCAGUCGGACAGCCAAAGUCUCAGUAGCAGGUCCAUUGAGGUUUCUCUCCCAGACAGACUCUGUCACAGCAUUUACAGGGGACACUGUUUUGCUAAAGUGUGAAGUCAUUGGAGAACCUAUGCCAACAAUCCACUGGCAAAAGAAUCAAGAAGACCUGACCUUCAGUCCUGGUGAUACCCGUGUGGCAGUCCUGCCUUCUGGAUCUUUACAAAUCAGCAGAAUUCAAGCAGCCGACAGUGGGAUCUAUAGAUGCCUUGCCAAAAACCCUGCCAGUUUGAGAAUUGGUAAUGAAGCAGAAGUCAGAGUUUUGUCAGAUCCUGGGUUGCACAGGCAACAAUUUUUCCUGCAGAGACCAUCCAACGUCGUAGUGGUAGAGGGGACGGACGCGGUGCUCGAGUGUUGUGUUUCUGGCUAUCCACCCCCAGUGUUUACAUGGAUGCGAGGAGAUGAAAUGAUCCCGUUUAGGUCGAAAAAAUAUUCAUUACUGGCUGGCAGCAACUUAUUGAUUUCUAAUGCAACAGAUGAUGACUCUGGCACAUACACGUGUGUUGUCACUUUCAAGGAGGAGAACAGCAGUGCUUCAGCAGAAUUAUCUGUAUUGG